AUGAAGCUUCCUCUAUUUGUGACCAAGGCUACCAGCCCUGCUGCUCUUCCGAAAGACAUCCUUGUCUACAACAGCUCCGAGAAUGCUGACAAUUCACCUGAUCAUACCGCCAAUGACCUCUUGGUGGUUUACCAGAAAGCAACGACCGACAGGCUCUUACCCCGGGACUUGUUCAGCCCCCUCCUGUUCGCCCGUGAAAACGAUGGGCCCAAUUGUGCUUCUGGAGAAGUAGCUUGCCAGAAUACCUGCAUACCCAAAGGCGCCGACUGCUGUGGGGGGACUUUCUAUUGCAAUGCCGGCUCAUCUUGCACCAAGGAUGGCUGCUGCGCUGAUGGCUCGGUAUGUGACAGCCAGAAGUGCGAGGGUGAUCAGGAAGCAUGUGGCACAGGUUGUAUGCCCAAAGGCUCGAUAUGCUGCGGCAGUUCGUAUUGUGGCUCUGGGUCAGUUUGCUCCAAGGACAACACUUGCAGUCCCUCAUCGUCGAGCAAACCCUCGGUAGCCGUCCAGACCGCCCAGUCAGACAAAUCGACCACUUCAGACAAGGCUACAACAACCGAGCAGCCCACCUCGACAUCGGCGAGACCGAAGACAACUACAUCAGAUAAGCCGACGACAUCAGACAAGCCUUCAACUUCCACGAAACCCACAUCAACAGCACAGCCCACCACCUCACGCUCUUCGACAUCGGACAAACGAACAUCUGACACCGUUUCCACCACUACUAGUCUAUCGCGCACGAGCUCGAGCAGCAUCUCUACAGACACUUCCCUUAUCGUUACAACAACAAUCACACAAGACCUCGCCGCGAUUCUCCAAACUGCUAUACCCACUUCAGCCCAGACAAACCCCGAAGCCAGGUGCUUUCUAUUGUCUGGGCACGCAUCACAAUAUACUACUCCUUCAUGGUACACGACACUCCCUAGCGACCUACAAAGCUACUAUGCCUCGGCUACCGUAGAAGCCUUAGUAACAGCUCACUGCACUCCAACAAAUGCACCACCGAAGGUGACCUCUCAGGAAUCAGGCGUGCCUGCUCCAAUCGUUGGUGCUGUCAUAGGCGCUGCAGCCUUUGUCGCUGGCGUAGUUACACUUUUGAUUUUGCUAGCCAGGUCUGGCAAACUCCCGUGGCUAGGACGCCGCAAGUCGCACGACACAGACGAUACAUCUGAUGGGGCUGAGCUGAUCCCUGUCCGGGAAAAGACAAAGAAGCACUUGUCUUUUGAACCUGGUCCGACUGGUGGAAUAGUUGCCCCUACGUCCACCCUUCGCCAUGAUAGUCGGCCGCACGUCUCCCCACCUACAGUUCCUGCUAGACCACAGGCGAGAACUGGAGAAGGGAACCAGUUUGUGCAGUACGAUUGGCCCAUUGCCCCAUCGCCAGUGGCCUCGCCGGGGCGUUCCAGCUUCCAGCCAAGCCCAGUGUCGAGCAAUGCGAGGUUCACUCCGCCGAUUUCUUUUGGCGCGGAAUGGUUACCCUCGAAGGAAGGCCCCAGGGCAAUCUAA